AUGAAGCCCCUCAUCGUUGCAUCAAUCUGGCUUGCUACCGCUGGAGUUUGCUUGGCCCUGGUGCCACAAGAGCAACAGACUCGACGAGCGUUCUUUAUCACAGCCAGCUCUAGCGCCGUGAUACUACCACCUGCCAUUUCAGGUGCCUUUGAUGGAGGCGGCUCUUCUGCUUACUCUGGACGCACUCCCUUGGAAAAGGCAGCAAAGCAAAAGAGCUACCGAGACCGUAUCGUAGCUGAUGUCAAAGAUUUCAACACACUUGGUGCAGCCAUUGAGACUGGCGAGGUGGAUGGAGAUGCUUGGGUUGGCUUUUUCAUUCCCUACCAGAGGAGAGAGCCUGACUCUGUCGGUCGAACUUAUGCCGCUCUCUUGGAUUUGAUUGGAGUAGAAAAAUCAGGAGGAGGGGCUGCUCUCUUGCUGGCAACCACCUACGCCAAGCCAAAUAAGCCACCCAACAAUCUUCCUCAGUACAAGAAGUAUGAAAGUCUCCUCCAGAAUUUUAAUGGCAUCAAGGCAGCGGGAAAGGCUGGAGAGGCCAAGAAAGCACAAAAGGAAUGGUCUAAAGCAGCCUCUGUCUUGGCCGACUAUUUGGAGUCAGUAGAAUUGCCUGCUGACUUGUCAGAUCCAAUCUACAAGUAG